GCUCGAAGCCGGGGCCAGCCUGAGCGCGAUGCUGCGGAGGCACCCGACCGGUUAGCGCCCAGCCCCUGGGAUUGCCAGUCACUGCGCGCUUUGGGGCACGGAGGUGCCCACUCCUGAGGGGCACCCCACGUCCUGUCGCUGACAGGGUCCGGGAGUCAGUAUCCCUGGGUUCUAGUCCCCUCAUUGGCAAAAACUCCGUGGGAGCCUGGACCCGUUUUUACCAGUUUUGCCAUCCAUGAAAUAGGAUAGGUUGGAUUUCCAGAGCGCUAACAUUCCAGAACUCGGAUGGGGUGAAGAGGAGGGAGGGAUGGGCGACCCACACGUGACUUCCCCGCGCGGAGCCCCGCCUACCCCUGAUCCAGGGGAUGGCAGCUCCGGCCGGGGCGGGCGGGCGGGGUGGGCGGGUCCUAGGAAACCCGACCCGGCCUCCCUUGGCAGCGCCUAAGGCGGAGCGCACGGCUCUGCUGCCUGCUCGCCCCGGGGUCGGCACCUGUAGAGGAUGGGGACCGCACCCUCAGCUUCGCGAGGAGCCAACGUGGAGGCCAGGGCGGCGCAGAGACUCGGUGUGUGAGCGCCUGGGGAGGAUGAACGAGGGGGCGGGGGACAGCUAACCGGGUUCCCUCUCCGCGCCCCGUCCGCUGAGGCGCACGUCGAGGCUCCCGGGCGAGUUCCGUGGACGUUGGCAGCAGCGCCUAGCGAGUCACGGACCAUGAAGAGCGUUCGGGCCGCGCGGCCCGAGGCUUGGACGGGGGCUGGCCGCGUCCCGCGGAGCUGAGGGGGAGGCCAACAGGGGCGCGGGCGGCCGGUCCCCGCCAGAGCGCAUCGCGAUGGCGAGGGAGGAGUGCAAGGCGCUGCUGGACGGGCUCAACAAGACUACCGCGUGCUACCACCACCUGGUGCUGACCGUCGGCGGCUCGGCGGACUCGCAGAACCUGCGGCAGGAGCUGCAAAAGACGCGCCAGAAAGCGCAGGAGCUGGCAGUGGCCACCUGCUCCCGGCUGACUGCCGUGCUGCGCGACCGGGGCCUGGCCGCCGAGGAGCGCGCGGAGUUCGAGCGGCUCUGGGUGGCCUUCUCGGGCUGCCUGGACCUGCUGGAAGCGGACAUGCGACGCGCGCUGGACCUGGGCGCCGCGUUCCCGCUGCACGCACCGCGGCGGCCGCUGGUGUGCACGGGCGUGGCGGGCGCCUCCUCCGGCGUGGCGGCGCGCGCGCUGAGCACCCGCAGCCUGCGGCUUGAGGCGGAGGGCGACUUCGACGUCGCGGACCUGCGCGAGCUGGAGCGCGAGGUCCUUCAGGUGGGCGAGAUGAUUGACAACAUGGAGAUGAAAGUCAACGUGCCCCGCUGGACCGUGCAAGCCCGGCAGGCGCCUGGCGCCGAGCUCCUGUCCACGGUCGGCGCCGGCCCCUCCUCGGUUGUGUCCGUGGAGGAGCGCCAGGGGGGCUUCGACCCCAGGAAGGCCCUGGCCGCCAUCCUUUUCGCUGCCGUGCUGCUGGCGGCUGUGGCCCUAGCCGUGUGCGUGGCGAAGCUGAGCUGACGGACACCCGACGGCCGCCUGCCCGCCCCCGCUCCCUCCCCGGAGACAAGACUCGGGAUGGGUGUGGGGUCUGGCCUGUGCAAGGGGAGCGGUCCUAAAACCUCGUGUGUGCAUGGGGACACGCGCGUUUCCAGCGCACUUCUGCCUGGGCAGGACACGGUUUCCUCUUGCUGGCCCUGGAGGGGUUAACUUUGCGCGGGCGGUCAGGGCAUUACCGCUAAUGUCUGCAGGAGCUUUAUUCCCUAUUAAUAGAAAACCGUCACAGUGUCCCCAGAUCCCUCCGAGUUAAUGAGUUAACACGUGUGCUGUUGGGGCGUCUUUACAGGGAGUCCUGUAAACCCCCACUCCUGCCGGUGUCGCCCCCUCUCCGCGUGGGACAGUUUGAAAAGUGGGGUGGGGUGGAGUGAAGCUUGGAGAGCGGUGCUGUUUGGCUCUGUGUGGUUGGUUGAUCUGUUUCCUGGACAAGAAACAAAUUGCAAUCAGAUGUCAGCAAUUUUUAUUACCUUCAUCUUUCGGGGCCUAAAUUUAGGAGAGUGUACCGAGAGCAAUUCAUACAAAGGGCUUUCUCUAAGGCGCGCUAGCGCUUCCCGGCAGAGUUUAUCCAUCCGUCACCAAAAGCAGCUAGAAGAGAUUUGAGGUCAUGACCUCCCACUGCCACCCAGGGGCUGGCCCUAUUUAGGAAACCAAAGAGGGUGGGUUGAACCCACUCUCACGGACCCAGUGCGCACACUUGCCUGCAGAAAAGGGCUCUCCCCAGCCAUCCAGAGAUGGGGGUAAGAGAAAGAGCAGGGGCUUGGGAUAGGGCCACCUGCUGUUUAAACUGGCACUUUCUCCUUCUCUGGGGCUUUUCUUUUUUUUUUUUUUUUUUGCCGGAACUAGACCAGUGUGUUUGAUCCUCCUUUGCGGGAGGGCUGGGAAUCCUCUUUAGAGCCCUUAAUCCUAUUUAUCCCCUGGAAUGUGCGUGCUGGCCAGUAGGAGGGCUGGCUUUGUCAGCUCCCUGACCCCCACGCUGCCUGCCCCUCCAGGGUAAUGUAGCAUUACUGGCCCACAGAGGUUUUGAGCCAAUCAGCUCUAAGACUGGGUCAGAAUGUAACAGCUUUAACUUGGAUUUUAAGAAGCUUUUAAAAAGUAAUAAUCCUCUGAAAGAAAAAUGACGUCACCACAGCGUGUACGAUGAAAGCUGUUUUUUUAAUAAAAAACAUUGGGCCAUGAACUC